CUUGCAUGCACAUGUGUGGGUCUUGCCUCCCUGUGGCCGGGAUCCUCUGUAUACAGGAUCAGUGGUAAUUGUGAAUUCAGCGCUGCGAUGUACCGAGGUGAAUCAGAAAUACUAGUAUUCCAACGCUCGGUGCACGCGUACCCCAGAAUCUCAAGGUGGAACAGUGCAGCCAUGUCGCAGAAGAUCCACAUUUCCUGCUCGACUUUUCCCUCCCAAACUCCUUUAAAACCAAGCUGCACAACCUAAGCAAUGUCGCUCCAUAUUUUGAAGGUCCAUACCAAACCCUCCCCUUGUCCCUCCUCCGGUUCACCUCUAACAAUCCAACACCACGGCAAUGGUCACCAGGAGGCUGGCCUUGAGCUCCCUUUUCCAAACCAAGGCCAAGGACACCUCGCCGCCACCACCUACCAUGGCGCCUGCAUGGCCGUGGCCGUCAUGCAAGAACCCAAGAACGCAGUCCUCCCGGGCCGCGCAGCCGCCGGGCGCUAGGACCAUGGCUUCUAUCUUCCUCGACUCCGCAGAGUCCUCCUUCACGGCCUCCUCCGCGCGGAAGGACUGCUCCGACAGCCUCUCCACAUCGUCCGAGGCGUCGGCGCUCGCUGGCGACACGGCGGACGACGCCGUCGUGCGCGGUCUCCUCUCCGACCGGCUCCUCUUCGACCCGGGCGUGUCGGCCACGAGCUCCAUACUCGAGGAGAAGGCCGCGGCGGCUGGCGCUGCAGGCGAGGCUUUCGUCGGCGGCGUGGCUGUCGCGUUCGAGUCGGCGGACCCGUACGUGGACUUCCGGGCUUCCAUGGAGGAGAUGGUGUCCGCGCAGGGGGUCGGCGACUGGGGCUGGCUGGAGGAGAUGCUGGGGUGGUACCUGCGAGCCAACGACAAGGACACGCACUGCGCCAUCGUGGCGGCGUUCAUCGACGUCGUGGUCGCCAUAGCCGACCCAGCUCGCGCGUCGCGCUCUCCCCGGAGCUCUGCGUGCACGUUUCCAGCAGUAGAGUUGAGAAGAGCAAAGCUGGGGCACUCACCGCAUGAUAGCCUCUUGCCUUAGAUGAACUAACCUUCAUGGUUUGGCUUGUGUACGUUAAUCUCGUCGUGCUUAAUUAGUACUAUAGACUGCAUUAGAUGUCUAGAUGAUCAAUCUACGUUGAUUCAUCUGCUAUUCAGGUUAACAGUUUGCACGAGCUAACCGUGAAAAGUUUUGAGCGUCGGGGCUCAGAGCAUGUAUGCGUAAACUACCUUAAUUAGCAAUUUGCGCACUAUGCGAUGGAUGCAUGAUCAUACAUAAGUUCAUCACGAUCGAGUAAAAAAGUACUAGUAAAAAAAACUCAAAUCACGGAGAGAAGACAUAUCCUAGCUUCGUCUUAAACUAUGGAAUAUCCAACCCUGGC